AUGCAGCAUUGCGACAAAGCACCCGACAGGGAGGAGCGAGAGGAAGGGGCCAAAGAGUCCAAAGAGAUAAGAGGAGGAGAGGACACUCACUUGCAGGGUGUGGGGAAGGGUGGCACAAAGAGGAGGACCGCGAGGGAAGAGUGUAAAGAGGGCGGAAAACAGCUUCAGCUCCUUGGUCUGGAUCCAUGCAAGGAAAGAGGGUCUAUUGAGCAACGCGAGGAGGAGGAGGAGAUAGCACGAAAGAGAGUGCGAGUAGACGAGGAGUCGACUUUUGAGGCGCCCCAAAAAUUGGACCCAUGCAAGGGAAUGGGAUCCAUUGAGCAAUGCGAGGAGGGGGAGCAUCUGACAAGAAAGAGAGUGCUUUUAGAAGAGGAUGAGGGGUUGAAGGGAGGUGGCUGUGAUGGUGGUGAGGUUGGGAGGGGUGGUGGGGAUGGGGAUGCUGAUGUGGAUCGGAAUGGUGGUGCUGAUGAGCAUGGUCAUGUGGAUGGGCAUGGGCAUGCGGAUGGGAAUGAUUGUGCGGAUAUGUAUGGUAUGCUGAUGGAAGCAUGGGAGAAGGUGGGGAAGAGAUGUUGUGAGAGGCAGAUGUGUGCACCAAUGCUUUCGACGCAGCUGGCGCUUGGCCUUGGGAAUCGUGGAAUGAGAGAGAGUGCUGGGGAGGAGAUGAAGGAGGUGGAGGAGGUGGAGGAGAGGGUGGAAAGGGAGGGACGGACGGCAAGUCCGGGGAGAGUGGAAAGGGCUAGUGCAUGGCAUGAGAAGCCAGAUGGGCAAAAUCCUGGGAAGGAAUCUGGGAAAGAGCAGAGGAAGGAGGACGGGAAGGAUGAAGAGAAAAGGUACAGAAUGGAGCCAAGGAACAGAGCGAAGGGAUUUGGAGCAGCAGAAAUGAGUGACGAUCAUCAAAGAGAGAUGAGGGAGUGGGGUCGGGAGCUUGGUGCUCUGUGGGAGGUUCGAGCGAGGGAGAGUGCAGCAGUAGGUAUUCUCCUUUUGAAGCCACAGCAGGUGGCAUGCAACGCGCACUGA